AUCCCGACUGGGCCUCUUAUAAGCUGGGAAUCUUCAUUUGUCUGAACUGCUCUGGCGUCCACCGCAACUUCCCAGAUAUCAGCAAAGUUAAAUCCCUGAGACUUGACUUCUGGGACGACAGCAUUGUGGAGUUUAUGAGCCACAAUGGGAACCUUCAAGCGAAGACCAAGUAUGAAGCCAGAGUUCCUUCUUUCUACUAUGUCCCCCAAGCCGACGACUGCAUGGUCUUAAAGGAACAAUGGAUUCGAGCUAAGUAUGAGAGACAGGAGUUUAUGGCUGAAGGAAAAACCAUCUCACCCCCAGGUAACCGAGAAGGGUUCCUGUGGAAACGGGGAAGGGACAAUGCACAGUUCCUGAGAAGGAGGUUUGUCCUCCUGGCGAGAGAAGGUCUCCUGAAGUAUUACACUAAAGAAGAGGGUAAAGGCCCCAAAGCUGUCAUCAGCAUCAAGGACUUGAAUGCCACCUUCCAGACAGAGAAGAUAGGGCACCCCCAUGGGCUGCAGAUCACCUACAGGAAAGAGGGUCACAUCAGGAACCUGUUUGUGUAUCAUGAAAAUGGGAAGGAGAUAGUGGACUGGUUCAAUGCCCUCCGCGCAGCCCGUCUGCAGUACCUAAAAACGGCCUUUCCUGAGCUUCCAGAAUCUGAGCUCUCGCCCCUCAUCACCAGGAAUUACCUCAAACAAGGCUUCAUGGAAAAGACUGGUCCAAAGAGAGAACCUUUCAAGAAACGGUGGUUCGCCCUGGAUCCUCAGGAGCGGAGGCUGCUCUACUACAAGAACCCACUGGACGCCUUUGAGCAGGGCCAGGUUUUUAUUGGGACCAAUGAACAGGGCUAUGAGGUCUAUGAAGACCUGCCCAAGGGCAUCCGAGGGAAUCGCUGGAAAGCCGGCCUCACCAUUGUGACCCCCCAGCGGAGAUUUGUCUUCACCUGCCCCACCGAUAAAGAGCAGCAGGAAUGGCUGAAGAGUCUGCGGGAUGUCCUGAGCCACCCCUUGACCCACCUCAAUCUCCUCAAAGAAAUGAAAGCACAGAUAAUGUUAGAAACCAACGCCCGCAUUGAUCAUCACUUGCUCCGGAAGGAAAGAAGCGAGCUGAGCACACACGUCUGCUGUGCCUCAGUGAUCUGUGGAAGCACACUGGGUGUUAUCUCUUCACUUUAG